AUGAGGAAGGCACAAGAAAAACAGGGGAUCUUCCACCUGGUAGGGACAGACAAUGAAAGGAACAUGGAUCUUUGGGGGAAAGAAGGGGGGCGUGUGGACGUGUGGGUGGUGUGGUUUGUGUUGGGUGGGGAGGGGGGAACCACGCAAGGGCCAGGGAAUGCAGAAAAGGAAAGACCAGAAACAGCAUGCGAAAGGGAAGGAGCAAUCCAAACACACGCAACAGGGGCGCCAGGUCGCGGUGGUGUGCAGCAUCGACUUUCAAUGUCGGUGGGGAAUAAUAAUGUUCAGUCCAGCCCAGUACCUGAGGUGCAGGCCACCCAGUCCGGCUCGUUCGCCGCAGGCCAGCAGUCGAGACCAGCCAGACGAGGCCAGGCUUUGGAGACUAGUGCCGGUGUUUUCUAA